AUGUUCGACACCGUCUUGGCAUUCAUUGCCCUCUUGGGCCUUUACCUUCUCGGCAGCGCCCUCUAUAACAUCACAUUACAUCCACUUGCUGAUAUACCGGGCCCCAGGAUCUGUGCCAUCACUCGGAUUCCGUAUUGGUAUGCUUCAUUGCAGGGCAGAGACGUACAAUGGAUGAAACAACUCCACGACAAGUACGGUCCUGUCCUCCGCUUUGGCCCUGCGGACGUUAGUUACACAGUUGGCCAAGCCUGGAACGAUAUUCAUGGGCCCAAAGUGACGGAGAAGGCACAAGAGUUUUCUGUGCAACCCAUCAAUGAGAACCAUACCAGAGUGCGUCGCCUCUUCUCUCCUGCUUUCUCAGAGCGAGCUUUGAAGCAGCAGGAACCUCUUUUUAGGAAGUAUACAGAUCUUCUCGCGUCCAAAAUAUCCGAGAUCGGGGAGAAUGGCGACAAGGCCGUCGAAAUGACCCAACUGCUCAACUUUACCACCUUUGACAUCAUGGCUGAGCUCUGCUUUGGACAGCCACUUGGCUUGCUCGCCAAGAAUGUGUACAGUCCUUGGGUUAGAUCCAUCUUUGAGUCACUCAAGAUGCUCCCUAUUGCCUCCAUCAUUGGCUACUAUCCCAUACUAAACGCCAUCUUUACCCGUUUUGAGCCAAAGUCUGUCAUUGAGCAGCGAGUCACACACUGCAAGCAUUCGGAAGAUCGCGUCAACCAACGCCUCGAGAAUGGUUCAGAUCAGCCUGAUGUGUGGAACUUGCUUCUCUCAGCCGAGGAGGGCAAGAAACUUACACUAGAGGAGAUGCAUUCCAACGCCGAGCUAUUCAUGCUUGCCGGGUCGGAAACAACAGCUACGCUUCUCAGCGGCUGCAUCUACCAUCUGCUGAUCCAUCCUGAGAAGAUGAAGACCCUACUCGAGGAAGUGAGAAACUCUGUCAGUAGUGACAAAGAAGUUACGUUUGAAAGCCUUGCCAAGAUGAGGUACCUGAAUGCUUGCGUGAAGGAAGCAUUGCGCGUUUAUCCACCAGUGCCCAUCGGCAGCCCGAGACUGGCGCCCCCAGGUGGUCAAAAGAUUCUUGGGAAAUGGAUUCCGGGUGGAACACGCGUAUCUGUUCAUCACUGGUCAACAUACAGAUCCGAGGAUAAUUUCAAGAAUGCCGACGCUUUCGUACCCGAGAGAUGGCUGAAGACGGACCCGACAUACGCCAUGGAUGACCUUGGUGCUCAUCAACCAUUUGGAUAUGGCCCUCGCAACUGUCUCGGACAGAAUAUGGCCAUGCACGAGAUGAGACUCAUCCUGUUCAUGCUGCUCCUCCGGUUUGACUUUGAGCUCUGUGAGGGGAGUAAGGGAUGGGCAGAGCAAAAGGUGUUUGCAUUAUGGAUCAAGAACCCCUUGCAUGUUCAUGCAAGGCCUAGACCGAUGUACAACAUGAACUCGACUGUAAAAGAUGUCGGUUCCGGCCGCAUUGAGCCUUUCAAGGUCGACUUGUCUAAGCAUGUACCCAGAAUGCUUGAUCUUGUUAAGCAUACCAACCUUCCGGAAACAUCCUUGUAUGACAGCCUGGGGGACACGGCCGGCAUGAGCUUGAAAGUUUUGAAGCAGCUGCAGAGGGAGUGGGUAGAUGACUUCGACUGGACGGCUGAAGAGGAGGAUUUAAAUUGCUAUGACCAUUUUAUCACCAGCAUCGAAGAUCUUAACAUCCGCUUCAUUCACCAACGUUCUGGAAACCCAAACGCAAUUCCUCUUCUCCUCUUGCACGGAUGGCCAGGGUCGUUUCUCGAGGUGCUACCUGUAAUAAAGCCUCUGACAGAGCAAGCGAAAACCUCCUCAGACAAAGAUGUCUCUUUCGAUAUCAUUGUUCCCUCCCUGCCAGGCUACGUCUUUUCUCAAGCGCCGCCGCCAAGCUGGACCAUUGUCGACACAGCUCGUCUGUUGAAUACCCUCAUGACAGAUGUUCUCGGUUACGAGACCUUUGCAGUCAAUGGAACCGACUGGGGUAGCGGUAUCGCGUAUGCCUUGUACGAGCAGUAUCCUACCACUACUCGUGCCGCGCACUUUUCAAUGAUCCCUUUCAUGCCUAUGACGGGGGAUCAGCUCGAUGCCAAGGGUAUCAAGCUGACGGAUAACGAACGUUUCCAAGCGCAAAGAUUUGGGCAAUGGAACACCACCGGCAAUGGCUACUUCAUUACACAAGCUACCAAGCCCAUGACGAUAGGACUUGCGCUCCAGGACAACCCUAUGGGCCAGCUAGCAUGGAUAGCACAGCAAAUUAUUGACUGGUCCGAUCCCCGAGCCGGAACUAAUCCAUCUGUACUCACCCACCGAGAGAUCCUUCGCUUCACGUCCCUCUACUUUCUCACCGAGUCAUUCUUAUCAUCCAUGUUUAUAUACUCUGCGAACGCCAACGGCUUCCGACCGGAAUACACCAAAGCUCCUACAGAUGCACCGAUGCUAUAUAGUAGCUUUAAGUAUAACAAUGCGUUUUUUCCACGAGCUAUGGUGGAAAAGGUUGGAAACUUGGUAUACUGGAAAGAUCACGAUUUUGGCGGCCAUUUCCCCGGAGUCGACAAUCCGCCAGCUCUUAUUUGCGACAUUCGAGAAUUGGGGACGUAUUGGAACUAA